AUGUGUGACGACGAAGUAGCAGCCCUUGUUGUCGACAAUGGAUCCGGUAUGUGCAAGGCCGGUUUCGCCGGAGACGACGCACCCCGCGCCGUCUUCCCCUCGAUCGUCGGUCGCCCCCGUCACCAGGGUGUGAUGGUCGGUAUGGGUCAGAAGGACAGUUACGUAGGCGACGAGGCCCAGAGCAAGAGAGGUAUCCUCACCCUGAAAUACCCGAUCGAGCACGGUAUCAUCACCAACUGGGAUGAUAUGGAGAAGAUCUGGCACCACACCUUCUACAACGAAUUGCGUGUCGCACCCGAGGAACACCCCGUCCUCCUCACCGAGGCCCCCUUGAACCCAAAAGCUAACCGUGAGAAGAUGACCCAAAUCAUGUUCGAAACCUUCAACAGCCCCGCCAUGUACGUCGCCAUUCAGGCCGUGCUCUCCCUGUACGCUUCCGGUCGUACCACCGGUAUCGUCUUGGACUCUGGCGAUGGUGUCUCCCACACCGUACCCAUCUACGAAGGUUACGCUCUUCCCCAUGCCAUCCUCCGUCUGGACUUGGCCGGCCGCGACUUGACCGACUACCUCAUGAAGAUCCUCACCGAGAGAGGCUACAGCUUCACCACCACGGCCGAGCGUGAAAUCGUCCGCGACAUCAAGGAGAAACUCUGCUACGUCGCCCUGGACUUCGAACAGGAAAUGGCCACCGCGGCCGCCAGCACCUCCCUCGAGAAGAGCUACGAGUUGCCCGAUGGACAGGUCAUCACCAUCGGUAACGAGAGGUUCCGUUGCCCCGAAGCUCUCUUCCAACCGUCCUUCUUGGGUAUGGAAUCCUGCGGUAUCCACGAGACCGUGUACAACUCCAUCAUGAAGUGCGACGUCGACAUCC